UGGUGCGGGAGGCGGGCUCUUCCUCUGUCAUGGCGCCGCAAUGCACCCUUUGAGUGCGUUGCUGAGAGCUCCCUGCUGACUAGACGACCUUUUUCUCAAAUUUCUACUGGCUGCUAGCUGCAUUGGAAGGAUCCUGGGAGACCAGCAGGCCACACAAUGGAGCCAGUGACUUUGGAGGAUAUACUUGUGAACUUCACUGUAGAGGAAUGGGCUGUGUUGAAUCCAUCCCAGAAGAAACUCUACAUAGAUGUGAUGUGGGAAACAUGUUUGAAUAUAACUGCUAUAGGAAGGACCUGGAACAACCAGCAAAUAGAUGAAGAUAAAAACUGUUCAAGAAAUCUAAGAAAUGAAGAGACGGUCAAAUUCUAUGAAAAUGAAGCUUGGGAUCAAAAUGAACAAAUACUCCUUUGGACUGCAGAUGAGAAUGUAGAGAUGCAAGAAGCUGCUUUAAAGCCAGUUGAAAGCCUUGCUUGUGGAAAGCCCCUGCCUGGACAGUUAUCACCAAGUGUGUCCUUUUUAACUCAGACUGGACUGGGGCCAUGUGAGUAUGUGGGCUUUAAUGACAAGCUGAGUAAUUGGAAUGAACGUGGAAAACCCUGCAGUGAUUUCCAGUCUUUUCAGAUGCGUGCAGAAACAAAGGCUGGAGAGAAACCCUAUCAAUACAAGCAAUGUGGCAACUCCAACUAUAGCCCUAGGGAAAUAACUGUAUCUGGAGAUAAGACCUUUGUAUGUGAGAAAAGAGUGGAAGGCUCCAGCCCUCCCAGUGGUGUAAAAAUCCAUGAAAGAAUUGACACUGGGAAGAAACCCUAUGUGUAUGAGCAGGGUGGAAAAGAAUUUGCUAAUAAGUCUGCAUUUCAUAAACAGAAACAAACCCACACAGGUGGGAAAGCCUAUAUAUGUAACCAUUGUGGGAAAGCAUUCACUACACUCAGUUAUUGUAGAAUCCAUGAAAGAAAUCACACUGGGGAGAAACCAUAUGUAUGUGAGAAAUGUGAAAAAGCAUUCACUAGACAGAUAUGUUACCAAAUGCAUCAAAGAAGUCAUACUGGAGAGAAACCCUAUGCGUGUAGGCAGUGUGGGAAAGGAUUCACUACCCUGAGUUAUUGUAGGAUACAUGAAAGAAAUCACACUGGGGAGAAACCGUAUGUAUGUGAGAAGUGUGGAAAAGCAUUCACCAGACAGAUGUGUUAUAAAAUGCAUGAAAGAAGUCACACUGGGGAGAAACCCUAUGCAUGUCAGCAAUGUGGGAAAGGAUUUGCUACACCAAGGAAUUGUAAAAUACAUGAAAGGGGGCACACUGGGGAGAAACCCUAUGCAUGUAAGCUAUGUGGGAAAGCAUUCACAACACUGAGUUAUUGUAGAAUACAUGAAAGAAGUCACACUGGGGAGAAACCUUAUGCAUGUAAGCAAUGUGGGAAGGCAUUUGCUACGCUGAAUUACUGUAAGAUACAUGAAAGGCUUCAUUUUGGGGAGAAACACUAUGCAUGUAAGCAGUGUGGGAAGGCAUUCACUACACUGAGUUAUUGUAAAAUCCAUGAAAGAACUCACACUGGGGAGAAACCUUACGUAUGUGAGGAAUGUGGAAAAGCAUUCACCAGACAGAUGUGUUAUAAAAUACAUCAAAGAGUUCACACUGGGGAGAAACCCUAUGUAUGUCAGCAGUGUGGGAAAGGCUUUGCUGAUAGUUCUGCAUUUUGCAGACAUAAACGAACUCACACAGGUGAGGAAGCCUAUAUUUUUAAUCAACAUGAGAAUGCAUUCAUUACAUUGAGUUAUUGUAUAAUAAAUGAAAGAAAUCACAUGGGCGAGAAACUAUGUAUAUGAGAAACAUAGAAAAGCAUUCAUGAGGCAGAUGUCUUAUGAAAGAGGUCACACUGGGAAGAAAUCCAAUGCAUACAAACAACAUGGGAAAAUAUUAUCCGACAGAGUAACUUUCAAAUACAUGAACCAAUUCACACUUGGGACAAAUGCUAUGCAUAUAAACAAUGUGGAAAAAUAUUCAGCCAACAGAUAGCUGAAUACAUGAAAAAUUUCACUGGGGAGAAGCCCUACAUGUAAGCAAUGUGGGAAAGGAUUCACUACACCAUUUUGAUCAAGUACAUGAAAGAACUCACACUGGGGAGAAAUAUUAUGUGUGUAAGCACGAUGGGAUGGGGUUUACUAUAUACAAAUGUUACCGAAGACAUGGAGGAACUCACAGUAGUUAGAAAGUUUUGUGUCCAAGCAAUGUGGGAAGGGUCAAAUACUGUCAGAGACAUGAAAGUACUCAGGUGAUUAAUAAUAUGUGGAAAAAAGACUUGAUAGUCCUCAGAUACAUUGUCCCCACACUGAUUUGGAACCCUAUGUAUAAGCAAAGCAAUGUGGGGAAAUUAUUCAGUGAGCAGUUUUUGUCAGUUACAUAAGAAAUCACACUGGGGAGAAACGCUGUGUACUUUCGCCUAAUUUGAAAAGCCUGUGAAAAUCCCUCAUGUAGUAGAGACUUGUAUAAAUUUAAUGAAAAUUUUGAUGUCAAUAUUGCUUCAUCAGUUUCCAGAAAAUACUCUCCAAAUGGAGAUAUCCUAGAAUAUAGUCCUUCUGUGUUCUUUAGUACAUCACUUGUAAAUAUAUGAAUUAUGUAUCUGCAGUCUUUACUAUAAAAACAUUGACGUAAUAUAUUUUUGUGUAAGCCAUUGUCUUUAAACUUAAUAUAUACUAUCUUCUAAUUAAGUAAGGUUAUUUGAAAUUUAUUUCUCACUUCCAUGAAGGGUAGUAUUUAUGUAACUUUAGUUUUGUUUUUAUUAUUGGGUAGUGUAGGCUACUAAAAGAUAAUUUUUAUUCAUUUUUUAAUAGAUGAGAUUUCUGACUAGCUUUAACUUUAAUUUUCUUGAUAUACAUACUUCAUAUGCUGUGUAACAGAAGGUUUUUGAAUUUGAUGUUAUAUAUGUUUACAUGUUUAGAGAUAAAUGUGAACAUAUUUUAGAAAAGUUAAUUUGUUUUCACACUUUGUAGAUUAGAAAAUGUUUGACUUUUCAUAUCCAAACAAGAUACCUAUAUAUAUCAAAACAAUUAUAUCAAGUACAUAAAUUCACCUAUUUUGCUUUCAUUUGGGGUCAAUAUUACGAUUUGUAUAAAAUUUCUUACCAUUACCAUUUUACUUUUUGUGACUUGUAAAUUUGUAUUUUACCACAAAAUAAACCAUAAUACUGUAUCC